ACCCGAUAUUGUUAUGGGCCGGACUUUUUUCAAGCCUUCAGUAACCCGUGAUUUUCAACUCAAAUCAAAAUUUACAAAAUUUUCCGUACAAAAAUAUGCACAAGACGUGGAAUAAGGCGUUCCACAAGCGCAAACUGUGGAAGACCGUAUCCAAGCCUGGAAAGCUGGUAUACUACAUGCAGCCGCUGGUUGAGCACUUGUUCGACACCUGGAUGCAACCACUGCCCUUUCCGACGCUGCUCAAGUUCCUCUACAGCUGCGUUCUGAUCUUUUUCAUAAUGCUUCCGAUGCUGUAUCCGCUGCUCGUCCUGCUGUCCUACUACGGCAUAUUCCAGUACGCGGCGCAAGAGCACUUCGGACUGGAGACGCCCGAGAAAUGGGACCUCCUGGGCGCCGCCACAAAGCUGUGGAACUUUGAGGUGACCAACAGGAAGUACCUCCUGUUCGUGACCAUGUACAUCGAUAGAUACCGAGUCGUUAUAACCGCCAUAUCUUCGACAGUCGACUAUAUGCGCAUGGCUCUGUGCUUCGUCUUCAGCUGAGCCUGGAGCAAGCAUUUUUCGAUCCCUAUUUAAGAAUCCAGUUUGAGGGGGAGUUGGUUUACUAACGGUCUUUGGAGAAGAUCUUUUUUUGGCCCAUAUGUCGGCAUUUAGGAGGAACGGUUUCAGAAACAAAUACUCUCCAUACGAUGAACUUAUCCAAUUAAAAGUUGAUCCUGGUGUGUAUUUUUGAAACUAA